ACAACGCUGUCACCCGCUUUGUCCCGACGCCAACAGCGUCUCACACCAUCCUCCGCCAAACGCGCGGCUUCAAUUCUUUUACCCUAACCAGAUGCUGCAUGCACUCUACUGUAUGACAAGCCCCACAUUACUUGUACAGUGCGUCUUGAUUUGGCAAUAUGCCAAUCACCGUCCCCUUGCGCCGAUGCAAGCAGGUGCAGACCUUGAUAGGAAGGUCUCAGAGCGAAGACAUUGAAGAGGACUCCGUCAUCUACGUCAACCCACACAAGCAGAAACCGGUCAGUGCCUGGCACUCCCCAAACGAAGGGAAACGCCGUCGGCUUGGCAGUAAACGCUUUACUGGAACCGCAAAGAGGUCCAUCAGCUUCGAAGACGUCUUUCAGGAUGGUCGCGCAACAAUUAAGCACAUCAUAGUACAAUUUCCGGCGGGAGACGGUUCGUGGUAUAUCCUUCGAUGUGACAAGCAUGACCUCAGCUUUAAAAACCACCCUAUCAAGGGUGCUGCGAAGCAUCUUGGUGGCAAACAGCACGGCCGGAUGUCGCGAAAGCCCUCAGUGGCUAUCAAGCAUCUCGGCGUCAAGGUGUUGAAUUGUAACAAGAUUCUGGCUGAGAAAAACAAUAUUGCAGCUUUGGAGGCGCUUCAGAAGGAACAUAAGCACCCAACUGCGGAUGUGGUGGACAAUGAGCCCCAGGGAUAUCUUAUCCCGACCUCGGCCUAUAAAGCACCGGCGCGGAAGACUCAAGAAAGCCAGGGCCGAGCUGGCAACGCCCUACUGACUGACGGCAGCAGCCAGCAGGUCACAGAUGUUGAAGUGAUCACAGAACCAAUCCCCGGUGAAUUCUACCUGGCCUAUCGGAAAGGUUCGACGGACCGCUGUCCCGUGCUUCUCCUCCCUCUUGGACAUCUCGACAACGUUGGCGUACCAGACGCAGUUGAAAUCCUGGGGCUCAUAGAUAGUGUGCCUGCAUGCUAUGUCUAUAAUCAAAGCGUCAACGACUUGGUGUGGCAAGAAGGAUACGAAGAUGACGGACCUCUAGUGGCGAAGCGUCAGUUCCCUGUUAUGUACUUGGACGGCUCGGAGUUUCCAAACAGGGGCCUUGUUGGGUGGGUGGGUGCUGAAGAUCUCCGGCCGUUUGAUGUUCAAGGUUCCGACUCCUCCCUCGUACGACAGUGCAAUUCUGUACGGGACUUUCUUCGAAAGCGCGCUGAAACAACGUCUGAGGACACUGCGCCCGAUUUCAAUAUUCUGUUAGAAGGUGUGUCUUCUUCAGAGAACUUCAACACACUGCCUAAGACAUUUGCUGACAGACUGAUGCCCGGAUGUACAGAGCAAUUGAGCCGACAGAUCCCUUCCUCGAGUUCUGCACUCGCUUACAGCAGUCAUAACGCCUCCUCCAAAGAAACUGAAGCACCAACCUGGCCACUCAGGAUACCAAUCCCCGUCGAUGAGAAAAAUCCUAUAUCGCAAGAUGUAAAUGAGACGAAGCAAGACGCUGGAUUAGGUCUCAUAAGAUCCAGCAACCAUCAGCCUGAGGCAUGGAACGAUGUCAUAUCAAUAAGCAGUUCGAGCACAAGGGAGCUUAUCGACGUCAUAUCGAUAAGCAGUUCAAGCACAGAGGAGCUUGUCGACGUCGAGGAUCAUCAUUCGCACGGCAAUAAUUUCCGAAUCCCACUCCGAAUCCGAACACAUCCCCAGAAGUAA